CGAAACGGCGCCCGAGAGGAAGAGCGUGUGGGGCGCGCGCGGGUGGAAUCUGGGCGGGCGAGAGCGCCACCCGUCUCCCCUCCUCUGACCCGGGCGUCGCUGUCGCGCUGUUCCUCUCAGCUCUCGCGUCCUCUUUCCCGGCCGCCUCCGCCGCGCCCGUCCCAACUGUCCCAAUCCCUCCUCCGGCUCUAGCCGCUCCACAACGUCCCGUUCUCCACCUCCACGAAUAGCAGCAGCGCCGGUGCCCUCGCAGCCAAGGCGGCCGCGCGGAGCGGCGUGAGCGUGACGAGACGCCUCCUCCACCACCGCUCGUCGCGCGCUCAGCUCCGAACCUCCGGCUCGUCCUGCCCCGCCGCGGCCUUGUCUCCGGUUCUUCCCGCCCCUCGCGGGGACCACCCAGGAAUGGAACAUGUGAUGUGUGGCAAUCUUUUCAUUAUAAAAACCACGACCAUUUGCUAUUUUUGAGAACUUUGCUUCUUGACGCCACAAGACGACAAUCCAUCCGUUUCCAGAUGUACAGAAAAAAAAUAGUUUACUGCCUUGUGGGAUAAGAAUGGUAAGGGGAGCGAUUGCUGGCCUAAGAUGAAACUGCGGUUGCAUCUACUGAUCCUGUGCGUGAUCAUCAUAUUUCUGGUGUACAACAUGGCAAAUUAUCAACAUAGGCAGACAAAGUUGGAAGUAAGAUCUCGACCAUUUGAUACAGUGACGGUGUCCGACAGAGCUGCUGUUAAGGUGUCUGAUAAGGCUGUUGCUAGGGUUAGUUAUUUGCCCCAUGGUAUAGUGGAGCCAUACUCGGACAUGGAGUUGAAGCCAUUGUGGCUGUCAAGAAGUGCGCAGUCACAGGAGUCUAACCAGAAUGAUCGGUGUUUGAUUGCCAUUGCUGCUGGUAUAAAUCAGAGAAAAAGUGUGGAUGCUAUUAUGAAGAAGUUUCUUCCAGAAAAUUUUACAGCUAUAUUGUUCCACUAUGAUGGGAAUGUCAAUGGAUGGAAUGAUCUGCCAUGGAGCAAAAGUGUGAUACACAUAGCUGCUUCUAAGCAGACAAAAUGGUGGUUUGCAAAGAGGUUCCUCCAUCCCGCUGUUGUCUCCAUGUAUCAAUAUAUCUUCCUUUGGGAUGAAGAUCUGGAAGUAGAUAAUUUUAACCCAAGAAGAUACUUAAAUAUAGUUAAAUCAGAAGGGCUGGAGAUAUCACAACCAGGUCUCGACUCUAAACUGUCUGAAAUUCAUCACCGAAUAACUGUUCGUAGAAAAACUGGGAGUUUUCACAGAAGAGUUAGUCGGGCUAACAAGGAAUGUUCAAGAGAAGGACCGCCUUGUUCUGGAUGGGUUGAGGGCAUGUCACCGGUUUUCUCAAAAUCUGCUUGGAAAUGUGUGUGGCAUCUUAUCCAGAAUGAUCUUAUCCAUGGAUGGGGCAUCGAUUACAAGUUUGGGUAUUGUGCUCAGGGUGAUAGGACAAAGAACAUUGGAGUAGUUGAUAGUGAAUUUAUAGUUCAUCGAGGGGUGCAGACGUUAGGAGGUUCUGCAAUAACAAAGGAUGAUACUCAUGGAAAAAACACCCAUACACUCCGUCAGAAAACCGCUCAAGUGCAAAAAACGAGAGUGACGGCAGCAGGCCUCGAUAUGCGAACAAAGGUCCGGAGAACAUCACGGUUGGAGCUUCAUGAUUUCCAGAGGCGUUGGGAUCGGGCUGCAAGGGAAGACAGAACAUGGGUUGAUCCAUUUGCCCGCUCCCGAAGAAAACGUAGAAAUAGAAUCCAACUGUAGAUUGGCAUAACAUUCAUAGUUACAGAAAUUUUCUUUUGCACCAUCGAUUUUAGAGUGUAUGAUAUUCGGUUGCAUAAUUAACUCUCUAUAAAAUCUUGUGAAUCCGAGGCAUGCUUA